AUGGUAAGCAAAGAGGGCAGUCGUAGAUCAAAUGAUUAUGUCCAAAUCUAUUCGAGGAAGAAAUUGGGGGAAUCUCGUGGCCAUAAGGGGGGCAUUGAUUUUUGCAUGCAUGAAGUGGUUGGAAUUCCAUACAAGAGGCUGUUGGAUACAGUGACAGUGAAAUGUGGUCAUUGCAGUAACCUUUCCUUUUUAAGCACUAGACCUCCACUCCAAGGCCAAUGUUUUGAUCACCAAAGCGCUCUUCAGCAUCAAACUUUCUUCAGCGAUUUCAAGAAGGGCCAGUCUUCUUCUUCAUCUUCAAGUGAACCCUCGUCACCAAAGGCACCUUUUGUUGUAAAACCUCCUGAGAAGAAGCACAGGCUUCCAUCUGCCUACAAUCGGUUCAUGAAGGAUGAGAUACAACGCAUCAAAGCAGCAAAUCCAGAGAUUCCACACCGAGAGGCUUUCAGUGCAGCAGCUAAAAAUUGGGCUAGGUACAUUCCUAAUACUCCAAAUGGG